AUGGCGACCGACACAACUCAUCAAGACCAGAAGAAACGAACAAUGGAGGCAUUAGAGCGAAGGUUUGCCCUAGCUGAAGCCGAGCUUCGUCUACAACAAAAGAAGAGCAAGAAGAGACCUGGUGAAGAAAUAAACAAAGUUGCUCUUAAUACCAAUUCUUCGUCAAUUGAUGCAUCUGUCACCCAACACUCGUCGAAUCCCUUGUCGAAAAAAGGCAAGGCACCCACUGCCCUGCGCUUCUGCGUUGCUGCAAACGGUCGACGAUCCUCUCAGCCCGAUCUCGGUCUCUCUCCACGCUGCAAGAAAACAGGGACUCAAGCUCAAUCGAAGAAGGCCGGUUCAGAGCUACUUCAGAGCUCCAUCGAGGCUGCUUCAGCUCAUCAAGACCAGAAGAAACGAACAAUGGAGGCAUUAGAGCGAAGGUUUGCCCUAGCUGAAGCCGAGCUUCGUCUACAACAAAAGAAGAGCAAGAAGAGACCUGGUGAAGAAAUAAACAAAGUUGCUCUUAAUACCAAUUCUUCGUCAAUUGAUGCAUCUGUCACCCAACACUCGUCGAAUCCCUUGUCGAAAAAAGGCAAGGCACCCACGGCCCUGCGCUUCUGCGUUGCUGCAAACGGUCGACGACCCUCUCAGCCCGAUCUCGGUCUCUCUCCACGCUGCAAGAAAACAGGGACUCAAGCUCAAUCGAAGAAGGCCGGUUCAGAGCUACUUCAGAGCUCCAUCGAGGCUGCUUCAGUUGUUUCUCGGGGGUGA